GUCUCCGCCGGCAAUCCGCGUCAACAAGCGCGCAAGCACGGAGCGUGUUCUGUGACGUUGAAUGGAUGUUGCGUCGCGAUUGCUUCGGUAGGCAAUCGUCUUUUGUUCGUCGGCAGGUGCAGGAAGUUGUGUAUACAGUUUACUACACACAGCGCCUGACACCGAGCGGAGUUGCUGCGCCUUGACAAGUCGCAGCGCAUCGUAGCUGAAAAUCGAAGCCCACUUGGUCGCCGUGCCCAAUGUUGGAUCGCGGGUCAAAUGCUUCUGUAUUUUCAACUGGUAGCGCUCACUGUACUGUUUUUAGUCAGUGAAACGCUGGGAAGCGCUUCUGACAGCGAUGGGAUCAUCGCCUUUCCCGUACGGCCUGCCGUGCGACCGACGAAGUUCACGAGCCUCGAAGGCCAAGCCAUCGAAGGCGCAGCCGCUGAGGGCUUCAUUGCGAAAGUGUACCUCGGAACACCUCCACAACACAUAAACUUAUACGUAGAUACAGGGAGCAGCGACAUCGCAGUUGCAGCGUCAGACGACAACAGCCUGACUACAUACUUCUUUACAAAUAGGUCAGCAACUUACGUUGCAGGUACGGAGGAUGUGUCAAAGAGGUUCGUCACGGGCGGUUACAAUGGAACGGCCGGUAGCGACAUCCUACGAGACAUGACGUCAAUGUCGCUUAGGGUGCCCCUUAUUGCGAUAGCUUCCUCGGUGGACAUGUUUCCACCCAAUGCACGACGACAGGGUCUGUGGGGACUAGCUUUUCCACACCUCACCAGGCAACAGAGUUUUAUGGAGGCCUUGACCGCUGAAAAGGGCAUCACUCAUUUUGUGCUCUCCUACUGUGAUAAGCACGAAAUGGGCUCGGCACAAAACUUUGGGGCAUUGAGCUUCAAUGCAAAGAUUCCGAACGGAACACUUUUUACUCCUGUCUAUAUGCCCACCUACUUUUCUGUUUACGUGUCCAACAUCAGAGUCGGGGAAAGCGAGUGGCCGGGCCUCUGCAGCGAGCUGAAUGACGAUCCUGCAAUAGUUGACACCGGUGCCACCAACCUCUUGUUGCCAGAAGAUGUCUUCCGCUGGGUGUUUGACAUGCUUAACGAACAGGGCAAGUACAACCUUUCCUCGGACAUCACCACUGUUUACUGCUUUGAAGAUGGGUUCGUGGUCAACGAUUUCCCCAUCCUGGAAGUGCUCAUGCCGGAUGCGCAAGGCAAUAUUUUCACACUGAAGAUCCCGCCAUCUGUCUACUUUCAAGAGGUCACAUUAAAGCGUGGUGACCACGGUUGCUACAAGCUUGCAGUGGCCGAUUCACCAUCAGGCAUUAUGAUCGGUUUUGCCAUCAUCCGAGGGCUCACCACCGUGUUCGAUUUGGGCAACAAGCGUGUCGGAUUCGCUGCCCUUCAUUGCAAUGCAAAUGACGUAAUAGUUGAGUAUGCAGAGAAGGAACAUGCUGGUCACUCGUGCGUCUGGGAGCUCCAAGCCAUGGGCUCGAAGACGUGGACCGUUUUCAUUUACAUCAUCAUCUUCAUUUGUCUCAUGUGUGCCUUGCCAGUCGUCAUCGUGGGACUGUUCUGGCUCAAACGUAGGGUUCGUCUCUGCAGAUCCAGGCAAUCAUCCGACGGUGUCGGACUCAUCAACAUUUAGCCGCAAUACAUUCAGUACAUUUCCGUUUAGCUUUUUCUCUUUUUUUUUUUAUGAGCGCUUAAUCUUGUCCGGCCAGUGCCAAGCUUUUAUUGUUUGCGAAUUGCGCUUUUACAUCUUUUUACUCUUUCUACACCAUGAUUUGUUGUAGCUGCUUUUAACCUUAAUUUUUACCCGAAUGUAUUUUUCGAGCAUUUACACUGUAACUAAGAAUUCAUUUACACUGCAAUAAAGCUGAUCUGUUACAUAC